AUGGAGAAACAGAAACAGGACACAAAGGAUCUGGUCCAACAGAACGCCAUCCACAUCGAGACGGUGAAGAAAGAGCGAAGACACCACAGACUGGUCACAGAGUUCAGUCUGAACCCACGGGUCAAACUCCACGUGCUGCCGGACAAACCCAUGUCCAGGAAACCUGCGGAGGUUGUCACUGAGGACGCCGAUUUCAUCCGAGCGUUCCAUAAGGCUCGCGAGGAACCCACCAAGAAGUACAGCACACCGCAGACGGAGAGCCAGGAGAUCGGCUGGGUAUCGACUCCUCUGACAAUCGCAGACCGCAGUGACCGCAGAUUUAACUUCAACCGGCUGAGCACAGACGUCACCAAACACAAGGAGCUGGCUCUUCGAAAAGGGGCUCAGUGA